AUGUCAUCGAAAUUGUUUUUGUUCGGACUCCUAUGCGUAGUUUUGGCCGCAGCUCAAGAACCAAAAGAAAGGGCGGAAAUCCUGACUGAGAAAGCGUUUGUACGAGCGAAUGGAUAUGAUUUUGAGUUUAAGACGAGCGACGGCGUGUCUCGCAAGGAGCAAGCAAACCUCAUCACCGUUGGUGAUCAUCAAGGUAUCGGUGUGAGCGGAUCGUACUCCUACACAGCUCCUGAUGGCCAGCAGUACGAAGUCAACUUCACCGCUGAUGACAAGGGAUUCAGACCCGAAAUACGAGUAGUUCCACAGAACCCUCAAUAAACAUUUUAAAUAAAAUAAUUCUUUUGUAUUACGUAAAUAUUAUAUCAGGUGCUUGCCUCAGCUUCGCCUACGUUGAAUCGACAAAAGACGUAUAAAAUAA